CGAGCGGCAGUGGAGCAGGAUGCGUCGCCACCGCCGGCCGCCCCGUGCCCUCCUAGGCAGAUGCCGAGAGAUAAACCGACGACCGUAGAGGAGCGACAUGAGCGGCUCCGAGGCUGGUGUAACGAACCUUUCCAGCGCCGCGGGCCCACUUGAUCGAGCCGCCAUCAGCAAUGGAGAGAUUAUGAUGGCAAUCAUCCGCGCGGCUGUAAUUUCGUUCCUUGCUGUGCUCGGCUCAGCAAUCAACCUGCUGGCAUUGCUCAUCUUCCUGAGGCGACCAGCGCUCAGAUCACCAUCCAACAGAUUUGUGGUGAGUCUGGUCGUGGGCAACCUGCUGACGGCGGCCGUGUUGGUGCCGUCGACGUUGCUGGCGCGGCACCGAGAGCCCUGGCUGCGGCGUUCGCUCGCCGCGUCCGCUGUGUUCGCCGUGGCCGGCAGCGUGCUGUCGGUUGUGUGCAUCGCCCUCGAUCGCCACUCAGCCGUCCUCUCGCCCCUGCACUACUCUUCGCCGGGCACUAAACAGCGCGCCCGCGUCCUCCUCGGCGUCGCCUGGGGCCUCGCGCUGCUUCAGGCGGCCCUGCCCCUCACCAUCGGUGCCGAACCUCCUUCCCUGAUAUUUCCACAGAGCCACACACCAUUUCGGAUAGCAUACGCGAGCACGAUGGCGGGCCUAGGUCUGGUCGUGCCCCUCUUGGUGCUGUGCGUCAUCUACACGCGGAUGUUCGGUGCCGCGCAACGCAACAGCGAACGUACGCGGCGCCACAGCGUGACCGAUGUGGUGGCGCUGACGCGGCAGGGCUCGGUGUUCUCGCGCGAGGAGGGUCGUGCUGUCAAAACAGCCGCCAUCGUGGUCACUUCGUUCUUGUUUUGCUGGACGCCGUACUUUGCGGGACUACUCGCCGGGCCCUGGGCCCCGGCACCCCUCGCCCUCGUCGCGCUCAGCGCUGCCCUCUCCAACGGGGUCGUCACGCCAUUUGUCUAUGUUUUCAGAAGCGAAGCAGCAAGACGAGAGGCGCUUUCCAUUUUAUGUUGGUGGAAGCCUCGCGUGCCGCCAGACAAAUCGUUCUCCUCGGCGAAACCGGCGACCACUAUGAGGAUUCGUCCGCCUCCACUUGGCUACUUUGACACCUCCACAGAGCAAGAGUCCAUGUCGGUGCACAGCUACAACACAGAUUGCAUCACAAACGACGCCAUCAAGAGUCCGCUACACAAAGAGGUAGGCUUGCCAAAGCCUGCCAGCUUGGAGCUGCGAACAGCGUGCCCUCCCAGUGUGGGAAACGGGCGUCGGCGGGAGAACGUGACGCUGCGGCUGAUGCCGCGCGUCAACGGCGGCCGUCGCUGUCAGAGUUGCGUACGGCAGAACUCGGACUCGUCGUGCGGCAGCGGGCAGGCGUUGCUGGCGCGCGACUCGAGCGUCGACUCGGCCAACAACACGCCGCAGCGCCGCAAGAGGCCAGCGUCGUCAGUGGAGACGUCGCUCUCGUCGUCGGGCAUGGGCCGUUCGCUGGAUUCGUCCGAGCAGGAGGACGGAGAUGUCAGGCCCAGCAGGCCCAAGCUGCAGCGACUGCCCGCCGUCGAGGACGAGGACUGAAAGUGCGAAUUCCAAGCACCAUUGCCGCUGCGAAGCACUCGUUCCUUUUCAUCCUAGUCGACGAGGACGUUCACUUCGUCGAUCGAUAUGUUUCAUUGUAUACAGCGGAAAGAUAUGUUUUUGCCGUAACUCUUACGUUUUCACGAUGGUCUUGCUGUGCAAACUUUUGUGAACCGGGAGCAAGUGUUUUGUAUGCAUGAUAAUUAUAUCCAAUGAAAGGAUUUUGAAUUGAUUUACCGGAAACUUUUACUUCUAGGAGCAAGAUAUUUAUAUUUUUGUGACAUUUUCCUGACAAACGCGAUCAGAUUUCCUUGUAUUCGCCGUGGAGAAAAAAAUUCAAUUCACAUUAAUAAGAAAUGACCAAAAGCUUUAGGCGCCGCGCAACUAAUUGUGAUUCAGCCGAUCAAUUAAGUGUGUAAUCACAAAAUUAAAACUGUGCAUUCUGCAAAAGGCAAGAACGAUCAAACUCUACAGUUACGACUAUUAAAUUAUAACAAUUAUUAAACACUUAACAUGCUAACUGUUAUUAUAGCCAGUAUAUGUGCGUGUUAUCAACUCAUGAAAUUUAAAUGUUGCUCGAUCUGAGAGAGUUUAAAUGGCACGUCCAAAAUCAGUUACAAAAGAGGAAUAUUCAAAUGAAGAAAUUUAAAAUAAAUUUUAAUCUCCCAGAAAAGAG